AUGUCUUGUAUUCCAGAUCCGUCGCUGGCAUGGAGGCACUCUGCUUCUAAAAAUCCCUUUCCUUCAAACCCAAGCGGGAGGGUUGGCGCCUGGCGAAAAAAUAGGAAACCCCAGUGCCUCAGAAUAGCAAUGGGAAAGGAUAUUCCGGAUGAGGCUCUGGCAGGGCGUGGUCAGGCUGGAAGCAGAGAUUCCGGGCGGCGCUGGGGAGGGCGACAGCGAGCUGGGUGUGGAGUCAAGGUAGGAGUGGUCGGGUCAAACAAUGAUGCAUAUGAUGGGAUUGUAGCUGCUGUUGAACACGGCCAGACAACAAUCCGGCUUAGCAACUUCCCAGCGCUUUGCAACCUCAGGACUCGAGGACGUGAACACUGGCCAGAGUUACGCAGAGACGGACAGCGAAGGAAGAGAUCGCCGGCUACUGCUGCGCUCCCAGUGAAGCGGUCAAGGCCCACGCGCACAGAUUGGACAGGACUGCCGGUCCACAAUUCAACCCAUGUUCUGAUUGGAUACGCUUCGGACCCGACCUGGCAGCCACUCUCCGGUGAAAGGUCGCACAAAUAUGCUUCCAUGUCCGCGAUGCAAAAUUCAGCCUCCGAGAAGAACUUUCCCAGCCUCCAAUCCCCAAUUUGCCCUCACCAUUCCCCCACAACUUCCCACGACUCUUCUCUCACCCUGGCUACCAACCCCUCUCCAACGCUGCACCUCUUACCCACAGCAAGUGCAAAUGCAGUACUUCCGGCUAUGUACGAGGUACUCCGUUUUGCAUUUCAAGUCCCCAGCGCCAACUCCAACCCUUCGUCACUUGCUCCGCCCAUCAAACCCUUCGCGGACACAGCGCAUUUGCACUCGGCGUUAGCGCCCAUGCACGACGCCCAGACGCGCGAUAUUAAGAGGUCAGAGGGGUUCCGACAGAAGGGGCUCGUGUGGUGCUCCUGCUGCUACGACAUUCUGCAUGCCGAGGGUAAGAUCGGGAUGUGUUGCAGUUACGAAGUUACUGUGCAGUUGUGCGAGGUAGCUGUUUCGACUGUACGGUCUGCCCUCCGCCCUCUCAUCCCCUCCGCUCCCAACCUCUUUGUGCCCAAAAACCUCCGUACUCCCGCUAUGCUCAGCCUUCUUCCGCCCUCCCAUCCUCUCCCCUCCCAUUCGCUCUCCCCUCUCUGCGCUAACUUUAACAUUGCGAUGCCCAUUGACACGUCAAUACCGUUCGUUCAUGCGCAUGCGCUCUGCUUGCCCCACCAAUACCAACCUCAUGAUUCCCGCUGCACACACCGGUUUCGGCGACAGAAAAUAAGAAUCGCACCGCGCUGCACGACACCAUCCAAUUGGGCUCUCCUAUCCAGUCCACACAAAUCCGGGACACACCCUUCCACUAACGUUACCCCAGCUCAACACCCUACGCUGACAUCCCACAUCUCACACCCCAUCUCCGCUCUACCAGACCAUGUCAGCCCGUCACUCCCAUCAGCACGCGGACUCACGCGGACUCACGCGGGCGGCAAAAGCAAAUAUUCUCGUUCCCGCCCCAGCCUUUGCACCGUUAUUAAUCUAUCUGUGCUGAGUUUAUCGUGUGGCUGCAUGUCUGCCGAUUCGCAUCCCUGUCACCUAGGAGAGUCACGUUUCGAAGCUGCAUGUACAUACCCUUCAUUUGCUAGCGGGUUAGGGGGUUUGUGGGAAGCCUUUGAAGGUGGUGGACUAUUCAAAAAGCCCAGCGAGUGGAUGUUGAGUAUCUCUCUCUGUAUGUUAGUGGUUAGCCAAGGCGUACGAGCCCCUCUUCCUUACUCUAUCCUAUUAUCAAACCCUCCACCCUUCAGAGAAACUUCAGCAAGGGAAACUAAGAUGCAAGACUACUUUGAAAUGCAAGCGAAGAGGUUUUCAAGCUUCUUGAGCAACGAGCCAGCUGGACAGGAUAAUGCCUACCUACAAACCAUCUACAUGAUACACAUGAGCACAGUCUAUUCGUAUUCUAUCAGAGAAGAGAUCCCAACUACGACCAUGAAGCCCCUUAGGACUAUAUGCAUUCAGACCCAUCUAUUCACACUCCCUACUUUCUUCUCCCAACUCUAA